AUGGCGUCCUCCACGCAGCGCACGCCAACAACAUUCUUAAGCCUGCCAACCGAGAUUCGCUUCAAGAUUUACCAUCUCGUGUGCACACCGACUGAAGCUGUGGUCAUCGAUGCCUGCCGCCUGCCUCCAGGACACACAGAGGAGUGGAUCUUCUUGCCUCAACAAUCCCCCGGCAUUGUCGAAAUCAACCGUCUUCAACACUGGAAUCCCGUGUGGCGAGAUGGAGUUCAGAGCGCAUGGCACGAUGAGGUCGAACAAAUGGGAAGUCAGAAGCUCGAAAUAGGGUGGGUCUAUCCGCCACCAGAGGGCAAGAGGUCGAGGAAGUAUUUCAAGAAAUAUCGCAAGGCUUUGAAGAGAGGAGAGAGGCUCGACGCUCGGAUACCUACAUUCUUCGCCGACAUGUCUAAGUCCAGGAUGGAGAAGCUUGUCGAAGUUAUCAAAGCUGAAGGGCACCUGCAGGUGGAAACAAACUCAAGAUGGGAUUGCGGUCUCGGAGCGAGGUUCUGGCGCCAAUGGCAUGCUGAACGUGGGAGGGCUCCAGUGCGCGUAGAAGAUGGGUACUGGCGGGCGAUGUGGUAG